GUACCUCUCGCUCGCACGAGGCAGUGCUGUAGCUUUAAGCCCUGGCGGUGGAAGCGGGAGGGAGGACAGCAGUGCCAGGGCCAGCCCCGGAGCCGCCGGAGCUCCCCACGGCGCCCGGCCCCGGCCCUGGCAGUGCUGCCUGCCAUGGGGAGCCGCGUGGUCCUCGCCGCCCUCCUCGCCCUCCUCGCCCUCGCCCUCGCCCUCUCCCUCGCCACCGCCGCUGCUGCCGCGCACCGAAAGCUGCUGGUGUUCCUCAUCGACGGCUUCCGCUUUGACUACCUCGACGACAAGGAGCUGGAGUCCCUGCCGGGCUUUAAUGACAUCGUGAGCAUGGGGGUGAAGGUGGACUACAUGACUCCAGACUUUCCAAGUCUUUCCUAUCCAAAUUAUUACACGCUGAUGACAGGUCGCCACUGUGAAGUCCAUCAGAUGACUGGAAACUACAUGUGGGACCCAACUACGAAUGUAUCUUUCGAUAUUGGUGUGAAUAAAGAAAGCCUGUUACCUCUCUGGUGGAAUGGAUCAGAGCCUUUGUGGGUCACAAUGAUGAAAGAAAAGAAGAAUGUCUCUAUGUAUUACUGGCCAGGUUGCGAGGUUGAAAUCCUUGGAGUCAGACCGAGUUACUGCCGUGAGUACUUCAGCGUCCCAACGGACCAAAACUUUGCGGAUGCAAUCAGUGAUGCUCUCGAGUCCUUGAGCAACGGCAGCGCGGAGAUGGCAGCGGUGUACUACGAACGCAUUGACGUGGAAGGGCACCACUACGGCCCCGCAUCCGUGCAGCGCAAGAGCGCCUUGAAGGAGGUGGACAAAGCCUUAAGCAACAUGAUCGAGCAAAUCAAGAGCAAGGGCCUUCAGCACAACGUCAACGUCCUCCUCUUCUCCGACCACGGGAUGACUGACAUCUCUUGGGCUAACAAAGUGAUUGAGUUGAAGAACUACAUCAAUAUGAGUGACACCAUACAAAUGAAGGACCGAGGUCCUGUUGUGAGCCUUUGGCCAGUUGAAGAGAAGCACACGGAGAUAUAUGAAAAAUUGAAAGUUGUGGAACACAUGGAUGUUUAUAACAUCAAGGAUAUUCCAGACAGGUUUUUCUACAAAAAAGGAAAAUUCGUGUCUCCUCUAACACUUGUGGCUGAGGAAGGAUGGUUCAUAGUAGAGAGCAGGGAGAAGCUGCCCUUCUGGGAGAACGGCACCGGGCGCCGGGAGGCCUGGCAGAACGGCUGGCACGGCUACGACAACGAGCUCAUGGAGAUGCGCGGCUUCUUCCUCGCCUACGGGCCAGAUUUCAAAUCCAACUUCCGGGCACCGCCAAUCAGAUCCGUGGAUGUCUACAACAUCAUGUGCAGCCUCGCGGGAGUGCAGCCGCUGCCGAACAACGGCUCCUGGUCCAGGGUGCAGUGCAUGCUCAGGAGCGCGGCCCCCUCGGCACAGCUGUCCCGGUGGAGCAGCUGUGUGCUGGCACUGGUUCUGCUCUCGCUGUUUGCCUAGCAGAUCUUGUCACUGUGAGCCCAGAACAAUGUGGGUCAGUGUCACCAGCAACUUGACACCCCCGCCUUAAUUUUUUUAAUUCUUCAUUUGAAUAGCAGCUUCAUUAAUAGAGUACUGUCCCCCACUCAUCCGUCACGCUCUGCCAGGAGUGAAUCUGACCCAGCCUGCUGUCGCGGUGGUUGUAACAUGAAGCCGAGUUUUGCACUGCGCUCAGUCCAGCCAGGACAGUUGGUGUUGCUGCUCCAGGUUUGCAGCGCCGGCAAUGAGCGGGACCCAGGCCAGCUGUCAGUGUAAUUUGCUAUUACAGUGGUGGGUAUGAGCAGAGACUUCUGGGUGUUAAACACAUCUAACCCCCCAUGUAUAACUGAGAGGGUAAUCCUGGCUCCUUAAAAUGAGAAACUCAGGUCUGGCGAUAGGCCUCUGUGGAUUUAACUGAGCUGUGGUUUGCUCCCUUAUCUCCAGCAGAGCCCACCUGCUCCUUUCUGUGCGAACCAAGCACGAUAUGCGCUGACCCUUUCUGCAAAGCGCCCAGCUCCUUGCGGAGCAAUCCCAGAGCCAAGAAAGGUAGGAGAGCACUGAGCAUCCUGCUUUUCCCAGCCUCUCCAUCUUCAUUUUCGCCAAAGCGAGCCCUGGCCGGCAGACCCGGACCCUGCACGUCACCAGGACCUCGGGCUUUCGCCACUGAGCGCAGGGCGGGCGGGGAGAGCAAUGGGAAUAGGAGGAAAAUGAAAUGGCAUCUGGACACACAGAGGUCAAGAGAAAGUACUGUAAGGAAGCCUGGCACUUCAUAGCCUCUUUGCUUUUCCGGGUGAAAUAGUAUCAGCUGCCCAGGUUUUUGCUCUGUCCCCAAUUGCUCUUCAAGAUUUUCAGCCCCUGCUGCUUUUCUGCUAGCUCCACUUUUCUACGUCUCUGCUGUUUAAGCAAGGUAGUAAGCAGCACAUUCCCCUGCUGUUUUUCUUCAGCGGCAUCUGUAUUUGCAACAGGGAGAGAGGUCUGUACUGACCGGUCUCUCACCCUCUCCCCUCACCCCCAGUUAAUCCUAGCUGAAUAUUUCCACCAUGGGACAUCGAGCCCAGACAAAGUUGUAAUGGUCAAGUUAAAGAGCAGGAGAAGAUGGAGCUGCUCUCGGAGGCAAUGCUUCUGGAGGUUAAGUCAACAGGAUGAAGCAAUGCUGGAAAAGUCAGCAAGGCAGAUACAGUAAGUCCCCUGAAAAACCUGGUUCUGCCCCUGGUCUCUCGUGCUGGUGCAGCCAUGGCUGUGCCCUGGGCACGGUGCAGCGCUGGCUGGCAGGGGCUGCCUGCAGCACCAGCACCAUGGUCUGCUAGUGCAGAAGAUUAAUUUCAUUUAAUUGUUAAAUCAUGUCGUUGUCACAGUGCUCGAUGUUAAGCGCUGGGGGGGGUGUGUGCAGCGGUGGCUCGCUAGGGAGGGGUUCUUUUUGCAUCGUUUAAUUUCUACUGUGAAAUAAGUGUAUCUAGCACAGAGCCGUAAAGGCCUGAUCCUGCAAAGUGUCCUUUCCUCCUCGGGAGGCCGCCGGGAGGCUGCGGCAUUCAGCAGCGCCUUCAGGAGGUGCUCGGCUUUACCUCAUAUACCUCUGCCCCUCGAGCUUUCAAUGUAAACUGCCUUUGGAAGGAUUUAGGUCCCUCCCCAUGCAAAAUAAACCUCUAAGACUUAUUAUUCAUACAGCUCCAAAGUCAAGCACGAUUCGGGUAUGUUUGGUACAGUGAGUUUAAGGGUGAAUGAUUACACCAUGAACAAAAACCAAAUUAAACUUGACAAAAGACUUCUGUAAUAGCUGCAAAGAUUUAUGUAAUGUGUUUUUAAAGCUCAAGUGAACCAUCAAAUCAAUUGGAAAAAAGAGGAAGAAAAUCAGUCUUUGUUAUUAGACUGUUGAGUAUAAAAGGCAAUUUAGUGCUUUCGAAGCAUUUGCAGUAGCUGUAAAACAAGCAUCUAUUGUUCAGAGUUCCCUGUUGCUCUCUAAUGGACCAGGCUCAACGAAUUCACUGGAGCGCAUUUUUAAAGUGAGAAAAUUAUCGGUAUAAAAGAUAACCAAAUGACUAAAUUACAAAGUUUGGGUUGAAAAUCAACAGGAUGUAUACAAUGCAUGCUAAUCCCUCCACAGCCUGCAGUUUUAACUCUUACAAUAAAAAGAAUCCAAUAGCCUCUUGCUGAGCAAAAAAAUCCUAAAAGUCUAAUGCUCUAGUCUGAUUCUGAAUUACACCAGUAUAAAUCAGAAGUAACAAAGCAGGCCUGUUGAGGUGUUCCAGGUAUGGGACAUGGCACAUGAAAUCGAUAGUGGACCCUGGCUCUGUGAGUGUUUCUGUACAUUUUUAUAAAAGUGUCCAUAUGCAGUGUCCUUUGUGCAAAUAUUGCAGAGCAAAUUUUCUCAUUGUAUUAGGAUUUGUUGGACCUAAGUGCAACCAUGGUAUGUGUGGGAACACACCUCAAAAUAUACUUGAUCUGUAAAAGGGAAAUUUGGCAGUAGAUCUGCAGGAGUUCAUUAGCUUCAGGAGAACUGCAGCUGAUUAUGUUGUAGAAGUGCGUCUUUCUUCCUCUGGAUUUUUUACCUCUAAAUCAGUUCACAUUCUUAUUCAAAAAUCAGUGUCUUGAUGCUCGCGUACUUUUCUGUGUACUAUGCAACUGAGGUGGGUGCAUUUUAAAAACUAGUUCUGAAUGAUGCUUUUGUACAAUGACUGAUUGUGAAUGAGUGAAUAAUUCUAAGAAUGCUGUUAGAAAAAAUAUGCAUCUUUCUGUAAAUACUGUAAGAUUUUUGAAAAAACCCUGUAACACCUUGCCUUUCCUGUUUGAUUUGUGCAUCAAAGUGUGAUAAACAGUGUUUGAAGCUUGUGCUGAUUAACCAUCAGGAAGAUGAAUGAUAACAUUGUUUAGAAAUGGCAAAGUUGUCAGCAUGUAAAUUAGGAAUAUUAAAUGUAUCACACGAGAUACUGUAGUUUGCAUGUGAGAGCGUUUUCUCCAGACCUGUUUCGAUAUUUAACCUUUUGAACUGGUGUAUUUUUGUUGCCAUUUCUUGCAGAACUUUAAAUAAUAGCGAGGUCCUUCGUG